UGCUUGCUGCUCCUAUGUCAGCUAACCGACGAAAACAAAUCCCUUCAGCGGUGCUUCAGCCAGGACAGUUGGCUAUUUUCUGAGGCACCGAGCUGGUGACAAGUCGGCGCUGUUGUAUCAAAGCACGCCUGAAUGUGUAGAGAUAGCAGUGGUCGUUUUGCAUCGACUUGAGCCCUUAAUGCAACCCACCCUGUUUGCCAGCCACAACAAUGUCCGACGCUGCUAACGUUACUUCCACAGAAAGCAACGGAGACUCGGGGCUUAACGGGUCCUGGGUGGAGCUGGAGAUGAACAGAGUUCAGGUCCAGGAGCUUCCGCUGCCUCUCCCUCAGGUGGAGGAAGAGGAGGCCCUAGUAGGGGGACUGGAGCAUGUCCCCUCCUCAUCAUCAAUCCACAACGGAGACAUGGAGAAGAUACUGUUGGACGCCCAACAUGAGUCGAGCCGCAGCAACUCAUCCUGUGACAGCCCCCCCCGACCCCACUCCCCUCAGGAUGCAGGACAGAUCAUCUUUGAUGUGGACAUGACCGGCAGAAGAGACAGCCAGUCAGAAGAGGACAUCUUGGACAAGGAGAGGGACAUGGACAUCCUGAUGAAGGAUGCAGACUGGGUUGCUGACUGGUCCAGUCGACCAGAAAACAUUCCCCCUAAGGAGUUCCAUUUCCGUCACCCUCGACGCUCCGUAACGCUCAGCAUGAGGAAGACCGGCGCCAUGAAGAAAGGAGGCAUCUUCUCUGCUGAGUUCCUCAAAGUGUUCAUCCCCUCGCUGCUGCUAUCACACAUCCUGGCUCUGGGGCUGGGCGUCUACAUAGGGAAGAGGUUGACCACGCCCCCCGCCAGCUCCUUCUGAACCUGAAACUGAAGAAAAGUGCCUGAGAAGAAGCUGUCGUGAGAAGAAUGCCCGUCUCCCAUCCCUCUAUCCUGCCUGCCACCCUCACCUCCCAUCUGAGAUAUAUGUUCUCAGGAGAACACCCCACCCUCCCCCGUUUUCUUUCAGCUGUUUUUCUCCUAUGUAGGUAUCUCACCAGCCUUAUCUCCUCCACACAUUUGCCUGAGCUCUUCUCCUCGUUCCCCUUUAGUUGGGUUGAUCACAGGGUUGGGGGGGUGGGGUAACUACAUGUUCAGUGCUCUUUGAUCACGUGACAACCGAGGACUGUUUUAGUACUGACCACAGAUUGUGCCACCUGCACGAGUACCCCAGCACUUCGACCAAAUUCAGUCGACUACGCAGACUGAAAACGUCACCAUGCCUUUGAGUUAUUUUUGAAAGUGGCCAUUUUGUUUCAUUUUCUUUAAGUGAUGUUUAUUAUAUUUAUUUGACAGCAGUGGUUGUUUAUUAAGAAGUUUUAUUAUUAAAAGCAGUUUUCGCAGCAGCCAACCCAAACUGGAGUUCAUCCCAGUGAGACGUGCUGAGGGACAGCAGCCGUCCACACACAGACUCUGUGUCCUGUCUCUGUCCACAAGUCCACCUCUACACCAACCACAGCACACUGCUUUACAGCUCAGCAUUGUGAGUUCUGUUAGCAGCAUCUUCGACAAUUUUCAUCCAAACAGAAAGGAGAAUAUAUUUUAUGAAGAAGUGAGACUAAUGUACUUUUCUACAAGAAGAUCCUUUGAAGAGGUGAAGUUUAAAAACAACAUGUCUGCUAUAGAUCACAAAUAAACAACCUGAGUUUGGAGAAAUGGAGAUGAAUUCUGAUCAGGUGAACAAGCUAAUGGCUAGUCUCAGUAGGGCCCAGUUCAAACUGGUGUGCUGUCUUGAAAAUGACUUGGUAGCAGUUCAUGCUGACAUUACUUCAUACUCCACCUUAAGUGUCAUAUGACAACAUUUACUUAUGAUUCUGUAAUUAUUUGCAGCAGACUUAAGCUCCUGUGAGCUUCUGGCCACAAACCAUAAAAUGUGACAUUUAUGGUUGGAGAUGUUUUAAAAUGGAGCAUUUAUGAUCUGGUACAAAAUAUUUAAGAUUAAAGCAGUUUUCAGACAUGUUCAAUCAGGACUAAUCUCUGUUUCUCCAACCUGAGAGUAUUCGAAGUAACAGCAUCAUUGAUGAAUUUGUAUUAAUAUUUUCACCAAAACUCAACUUUUAAAGACCUGACCUGUCAGUAAACCAGAAUUUCACUGAGCUGCAGCUGUUGGCGAGUUUUUACUGUGUUUGCAAAUCUGAGUUUCCUCGUACGAAUCACACAGCCUCUCUGUCAUGUUACAGGGCUUAAGAGUUUUAUUUAUAAAUAGAGCCGUUAGAGGGGUUCAGAGAUAUUCAUCCAGUUUUAGAGAGUUUGAGGAACGUGAGACGGCUUUGGGAGGGACUGGAUCAGAAACGGAGAGCGUCUGGUUGAGUUCAGGAAGGAGAAAUCGCCAACAAAUUUAGAUCAUUUAGACAAAAUGGUGAUAGGAAAGUUGCAGUUUCAGGCGUUUACCAGUUCUGUGUGAUUUCAACUAAAAUUUUGCACAUUUUUCUACACAACGUAAAAGUCACGGCCCAGAAAGUCACAAGUGUUUAAAGACUCGUUCAGGAAAACAGACUCCUAGCUAGUCAGUCCUACACUCCAGCGUGUUUGUGUCUGGUAAACUCCCGGACCUCCUCCAUGAAGCUAUAGAAGUGUCUGAGCAGCAGCAGCUUCUUGUUUGGAGUAUCAGACUUUAGCUUUGGUGUCUGAAGCUGGAUUGUGGACAGUUUUUGAGUCACAAGGUUGAUAUUUGUCUCAGCCUCUGGUUCUGUGAACUGACUCCCACAGAUCUUUAGGGACAUGUAAGCUGCAGCCUGUUUGUUCCUGAGUGCUAGCUGCAGUUGUAGCCUCCGUUCUACACAGUCGUUCAACAGUAAAGCAUCAUUUUCACUUCUGCUCUCCUGCCUUUGCUCUGCUGUGAGGACAGCUUUUCAGGCAAUAAACCAUUUUAGAAGAUUUUUUUUCUUUUUUUUAAGCACUAAAAAAAACUUGUUUAGCAAAAACCAAGAAUUUUCUCCAUGUCAAAUUCAGCAAACCAAGAAGGCAGCAACAAAAACUUUGGAUAUCUUCUUCCUUAUCAGCAGCUUGUUCAGAUUGUAUUGGAUUAAAAACUUCUCCUGCAGCCAACGCAGACUCCUACCCCUGGAGAUUCUGCUUGUAUUGGUCCAUUCUGCAUUUGAAACCAAUGUUUUGGAUUGUCCUUUCCCGUGUUUGUUUUGAAUCAUUUGCUUUUUCCUGCUUUUGGAAAAAGAUCGUGAGCACACUUAGCCGGAAUCAAGUUUGACACAAGUUAUGUUGGAAACAGUGCGAGAAAGCCCCAAACCUUUGUUGAUUGCAAGGUCUGAUGAAUGAAAAUUGGAAGUGUGGAUCGACAGUUUUGCUUUUAAUUUUUUUUCCUGCUACAUUGGAGACUCUGAUAAACAUGUUGUCAUUAAAGAUGACCUGCGUGGAA